AUGACAAUGCUUCCAUUGUUUGACGCGAGCAUAGAGAACGUCCUCCUCUCUUCCGUGUCGCGCUAUGCCCUGGAUGCCCUAAUCGAUCCAUCCCGGCGGCGGCGGCAGCGCGAGGCGGAGCGGCGGUGGAUCCUCGAUCGGCAGCAGCAGCAGCAGGGCCAAGAUCGCGAGGUCAGGUAUGCGGAUCAGGCAGUGCUCGCGAAUCUUGGCUGGGGUAUCGACGCGCUCGAGGAGGCGAUCCAGACCGGCAAUGUGGAGACGAAGAUCGCUCGGCUGGAUUACGCCGAGAAGAUGCUCCAGGUGUGCGCGCUGCUGGAUCGGGGGAGUGAUACGGCGGGGAUCUCCAAUGCCUAUCUCGCUGCCUCGGCUCACAUGAAUCUGGCGCUGGUGUGGAAGCUGCGGAGCGACGAUCGCAGGGCCGCCGAGAAUCUCCUGGAGAUGUUCAUCGCCGAGCCUUUCCAGUCGAGAGUGGAUUUUGCCCCGGGGCUGUGGGAAGCGCUGUUCCAGCGGCAUUUGACAGGGAUUUCGAGCUGGUACUCCGAGCAGCGAGCGAAGCUACUCGCUGCUCCACCGUCUCAGGAUCACGCAACACUUGGUCAUGGUGGUGACUAUAGUGUGGAUUUUCCUUCAUACUCCAGGGACGAUUUCUUUGCGGUUUCUACCGAUGAAGUGGCUCCCAACAAUCUCCUUUCGGCGGUCACUCCCGAGCAAGCAGCUCAACUCCAGGUGCUCGAGGAGCUCUACCAGAACACGCUGGACGAUCACACCCGACAAUAUGCCAAGUUCUACAGGGAUUGUUUGAGGCUUCCGUCGUCACAGCUCAAGGUGGUCAAGCCUUUGCUGCCGACUGCUGAGCCGCCGGUAACGGACGAAGUCUUCCAGCCUUUGAAAGCUCAGCUGGAAGUGAUUCAGGAGCAUGAGAGCGACGAAGAGAGGGAUGGAGACAAUGAAUUAGUGAACGACACGGAAACGCAAUUGUCGUUUUCGCGGCAAAUCAAAGAUCACGAAAGCUCUGAAGAAAAGAAACAGCCAGCAAGCGCGACUUCUUCAAAAGGAGCUUCACUUUCGCGCUCUUCCUCGUUUGACAAGACGAGUGAAAGGUCGUACGAGCAUGCGCAUCCUAUGUCAAGAUCUUCAAUCAGUGCUGAGUUUUCAAGACCAGGCGCUCAACAGAAAACGUCUCGAUCAUCUUCCUUUAAUCGGAGCGAACUGGAUACGAGUGAGCGCUCACUAGAGCGAAGGUGCUCGUUGAAUCACGUCGAGCACUUGAAUUCUAUCUCCAGAGACGGUGAUAUUUACGAUGAAGAAAGGUCUGUGACGUCUGAAACGGAUGCGUAUGAAAGACGCAUGGUCAGGCCUCCGAAAGACUUUGUCUGUCCCAUCACGAACCAGCUCUUCGAUGAUCCAGUGACACUUGAGACAGGACAGACUUACGAACGAACAGCCAUACGGGAAUGGCUGGAAAGAGGGAACACAACUUGUCCCAUCACCCGGCAGCUCUUAAAAAAUAGAGCUCUUCCAAGUACCAACUACGUGCUGAAGCGGCUGGUGGAAAACUGGAAGGAAAUACACGGUGCCGGCAAUUCUAUGGAAUCCUUUUACGACGAGAACCAAGAGCUCUGGCAAGAUUUGGAAAAUGAGGAUGCGUUGCUACGUUCUUCUCCGAGCAGUGUCAUCAGCUCAAGCUCCAGGCAAAGUCAAGCUACGCACAAGAAACAUAUGAAGGAUGACGCAUCCGCUGUUGAAGGCUUCAUGCACGAGCUAAAACCCGCGGUGGAGCGUUUGUGCGUGUCCGAGGAUUUGCAAGAAUGCGAGCAGGCCGUCAUGACCAUCGCAGCAGUCUGGGAAAAGUGUUGCGGUGACUUUAGAGUCGAGGCCAGCCUGACCAAAGCCAGCGUGAUCGAAGGACUCGUAGAGGUGCUGUCGGUUUCAGUAGCGCAGGAAGUGCAAGUUGCUGCAGCUCGGAUUCUCUCGGCACUGGUUGCAAGCGAUGAAUUUACGAGGCACACCAUCGUGAGAGCGGACCCAGAACUCGAGUCGAUUGUGAGGCUCUUGAAGAACGAAGUGGCUCAAGGAGCUGUUCUUCUUCAUCAGUUGAAACUCUCGGCGAACGAGAUGAACGCUCUAGACAUUGUAGCAGACCUGGUGAAAAUCCUAAGGAAAGGAUUGGAUGGUGGACAAGGACAGGGUGACAAACUUUGUAGUCCAAAGGCUGCCGCAGUUGGCUUACUCCAGCAACUGGUAUCAACAAGUCCCGAGAGGCCUCAUUCAAGUGCUCAUUUGCUACUGGCUCUGGAAGCAGUCCCCAUUGUGAUAGAGAAUCUCAAAGCAAAGGACAUCGACGAGAGGCUGUCCACCAUCUCAGUCCUGCUUUGCUGCAUGGAAGCAGACGGCCGGUGCAGGAACUUGAUAUCCAGGACUGCACAGUUGGGACCUGUUGUGGAAAUCCUUGUUAGAGGCUCUGGUUCCGCUCGGGAGCUGGCAACAUUCUUCUUCUUGGAGCUUGCUCACUCAAACAGGAGAGAGACCAACAACAAGGUGCUUACAACUGUGAAGAACGAGGGGAUCCUUUCCACGAUGCAUGUUCUCUUUGUUGCUUGUCAAAAGGCGCCUACUGAGCAUAAGCAUACGAUUGCAGUGCUUAUGCUUCAGCUUGAGAUUCUGGGCCAGCGACGACAGCAAAGUAUUUACAAAGAGGAAGCUUUGGAUGCAAUUGUAGCUGCACUGAGCAGAGAGUCACCAUUCGAUUGCCAAGUUGAAACAGCUGAAGCAUUGGUGGCAUUAGUGGGAAGAUUUUCGUACGCGGGUACGCCUCUAACAGAAGCCUGGCUGCUCAAGUUAGCUGGUCUAGAGCAGCCUUAUGAACUUCUUACGAACGAGGAUCCUCAACAGGAACGCGAGGCUGCAGAAGAAAAGGCUGCAAAUCUGUGGGAACUGAAUGCGGCUAGAGUGUUCCUUGAAUACGAAGGAGGGGCAAUUCUGGAGGCUCUCGGAGCUAUGUUGCAAAGCAAAAACCUGGAGUUAUGGAAGCCGUGCAUGAUAUUUGCAGUCUGGUUGAGUUUCGUGGUGAAAAAGCUGCCUAUUUCAGGUCUCCGGCCAUAUUUUCGUCGAUAUUUUCUGGCACCUUUUGUGGUAGCACUGGAAUCUACGAAAAAUGUCCAACAAAAAGUAUUGGCUGCGUUGGGACUACACACAUUCCUCGACGACGCAGAAAGUAUGCAAGAGCUUAUUGGCUACGCUAAGGAUGUGGUCAAGCCAUUCAGGCAACUGAAGAAGGUGACAUGGAUUGCACAGGAGUUUAUUGAAGCUUUUAUCAAGUGUACGUCGUUGAAUCCAAUGGAGCUCUGGCAACAUUCUGAAGUUGGACAAUUGGAUGUCACUCGAAGCGGGGAGGUUCGAUGCCUCGCACGAAGUAAAGGAAGGCUUUUCAGCGGACACUCCGACGGCAGCAUUCAGGUCUGGGAAACAAAGAAAAAGGUGCCAACUUUGCUUCUGGUACUUACUGACCAUAGCAAGGCCGUGACGAGCCUGGCCUUGUCGUCGUCUUCAAACCGGCUGUAUAGUGCCUCGCUCGACAGGACUGUUCGGGUGUGGGCAAUCUCACCGGAGAGUGUUCUCUGCAUGAAUGUGUUGGACUUCAAGGAAGCCGUUGGUGCACUGGCCAUCAGUGGAUCUACUAUAGCGACCGCAACACCUCAAGGCAAUGGAAUCAAGGUACAAGCUGAAAGUAACUCGUCGAAGCAACUCAAUUCUGGCAAGCACGUCCAAUGUCUUGCAGUUUCAAAUGGAAAUAUCUAUUGUGGGUGCACCGAUACGAGCAUCCAGGAAGUUGAUCUACAGGAGAAUUCUGUUGUGACCAUCCAGCCAGGAACGCGAUCUCUACUGGGAAAGAAGCCAGUCUACGCUAUACAAAUUUUCAAGAGCGAGAUUUUCUCUGCUGGAGCUGUUGUGGAAGGAGCAGCAGUCAAGGUAUGGGAUCAAACCGACUACUCUUUGAAGCGAUCUCUUCCCACAAACUUGGAGAUUCGAUCCAUAGCAGUGCACGACGAUUUCCUGUACCUCGGAUCGUCGUCGGGAAUCAUCGAGGUUUGGCUGAGGGAGAGAAACACUAGAGUCUCGGUGCUUAACAUUGGCAGCAAAGUUAACGCACUCUUGCUGGACGGAGAUGUUGUCUACAGCGCGUCAGAGGAUGGAAAGAUAAGAAUCAUCUCGUUUUGAUAGACGUCCAAAGUUUUAACUCAGAGCUUGGAUUGAGAAAACAAAUUGGUCUAAUUCCAAACAUUGUUUUCAUCAUUAUGGAAGAA